AUGUGUGCAUUAAGUGCCCAACAUGCCAAAAAUGGUGCAUUGUUCAACGACGAAGCGAGCCAGCUAGAGGUUGCGACCUGGGCAUUCGAAUACCUUCAUGAAGCACUCUCGCUUGUCCCAGUGGACUUUAGCAUGAUGGGCCACCAGGACUUGAUGCGGUCAUAUGGAUUUCUAGCGCUCCUGGGGACUCAGAUCGGCGAUAGCAACAUGGUGCAAAAAUAUCUAGGCCUAUAUCAUGGCAUUUGCGGGCGCUACGGCCUCCAUGAGGAAUCGAGAUGGCCUUCGAAUAUCAGCACGUGCGACAGAGAGGUCCGACGAAGAAUCUUCUGGUCCAUCUAUCGCCUCGAAGUUCAUACUGCAUGCGUCUUAGGCCACUACGUGCGAAUUCCAGAAGCACAAUGCGACGUUGGUUACCCAGGUGGGAUCCAUCACCCAGCAUUCGUGCCUGGGAGAGAUGGCAAGUUCGAAGAUUGGUUUUCUGGGUGGAAUUAUUCUACAGACCUCUACCGCAUCUUGGAACAUGCUGUCGUUUCUUUCCGAAUGAGGAAACACAAGCAUCCGCUUCCCCUGGGGUUAAAUGAUGGGUUUUUAAGCGGUGUUCUGAGCAAGAAAUUGUCCAUGAUUAAAGAGGGUCUCCUUCCUCAGUACGAGAAGGCAUUCUUCCGCUCCGACGACAAUGGGCGAAACCGUUGCGGGUUCCAGGCGGCAAACAUCUUUUGCAUUAUUCAUCUGGUCAGGAUGCUGACCUCACUGUCGGAUGAUCAUGAACUUGACAGCAUAUGUGACACCGCACAGGAGAUGAUCGAGAGCAUGAGGAAAAUUCCUUCCGAAUAUGUCCGUGCCUGUGGGGCGACUCUUCUCCAGCAAGUUGCUGGGGUAGGUCAUUUGCUCUGCGUUGUUGCAAGUAAAGAAUCGCAUUCCACCCCUUCGCUUCACAGAUUACGAGAUGUGCUCGAAUCAAUUACAGUGUUCUUGGAAAUUUCAAAGCAGCACCAUGAACCCCUCGCUACAGCCGCAUCACGCCUACGAGAGCACUUGGGUACGCUUGAGAUUGAUCCAGAUCCUGCAGGAACUGAAAUGAAACAUCCAUCAAUUGAAGUGGGAGUUCCUCUUGUUGUGGAUGGAGCUGAUAUGUGGAUCUCAGAGCUCGAUGACUAUGGUACAGUAUCAGGUUUUGGUGCCAAUAUCUUCCCGACAACCUUCCUCGGCGACAUCACCUGGCCAUUUGCAUGGUCCAGCAGCUCUCCCACUUCUGGUUGA